AUGGUCUCAUCAACCAGAUACCUCCUCACCCUCCCUCUCCUCCUGGGACCGGCGCUGUCGACCCAGGUCUGCCCACGCCUCCCAGGCAUCCAAACCUUCCCAACCACCGCGCAAGCCGGCCCAGCCAACGGCCGCUUCACCUCGUGCGAUAACGCCUUCGACAGCCCCAAAGUCCAAACCUACUUCGACGCGAUCGGCAGCGACGGGGUCUCCUCGCUGGCCGUGGUCUUCUUUAUCGAGGCGAACCGGUCCGGCUUCAGCGUGACGGAGAACUUCACCAACGUGGACUUCGUGCAGAUCUCCGGCACCUUCGCCAACGGGACCACCUUCGCCGAUUUCCUGUUCGCCGACGAAGCGGCCCUCGUGGCUACCAUGGGCGACGGGUCGAGCGGACGCUGGCCCGGCACAGGGGCCUCCUGGGCCGGCAGCCCGGACCUGUCCGAUUACCUCGUCACACUGGAGGCGAGCCACUUGGGCUUCGAGGGGACGUUCUCCAUGCACUCAGUGGCGCCCCCGCACUACCCCUGCAGCCCUAAGCGCGCCAACCAGCCCCUAGAGGUUCUCCCGGGAGUAGGCUGGGCCAACGCCGUCCCCGACGCUGACGUGACGGUCAACAUGACGGUGCAGGGCUCGCCGUUGAGCUUCAUCGGAACCGGAUAUCACGAUAAGAACUGGGGUGUCACCCCCUUCACCACGGCAGUCGGAAGCUGGUACUGGGGCCACGCGCGCAUGGGCCCGUACUCCCUGGUCUGGCUGGACGCGCUGGAUCCGAACCAGACCGAGUACGCGAGCGGCUACGUGGCCUACCAGGGCCAGAUCGUGCACGCCGCGUGCGGCGCGAUAAAGGUGCGUCCGACGGGGGCGAACGUGAGGUUCCCGCCGCAGGGGGACGAUGCGCUGCCCCAGGGGUUCCGGAUCGAGGUCGAUCUCGGGGAGGAGCGAGGUGGCGUGCUGGAGGCGGAGCUCGCGGCGAAUCUGGCCACGUUGGCCAAGCCGGGGUACGGACGGUGGAUUGGGACCGUGAAUGGGUCGGUUGGUGGGGUGCAGUUUGAGGGGGUGUCGGGGUAUGAGAUGUUUAAUUUCUUCUAG